UUUACUUCCGGUGGUUGGUUUCGGUCUGGUUUCCGCCCCAUAGAGGGCAGCAGCGACACUCCAUCUGGUAUCACAACUGACCCGCGCAACUCGCAUGAGACCAGUAAACUAAUAAAGGAAACACACAUCUGACACAAUGAGUUUCGACGUGAAGAAACUGAAAGUCAACGAACUGAAAAAGGAGCUCCAGCGCCGCGGCCUGGACAGCAAAGGCCUGAAGGCUGAUCUGGUGGAGAGGCUAAAAGCCGCUCUUGAGGCCUCCGAGCCGGGGGAGCAGGAAGAGAACUUCGGCCAGGAGUACCAGGACAACGAAGAUGGAGAGGAUGUCCCAGAGCAACAAGAUGAAGAUGGAGCUGAGGACUCUGGUGAUGUCGAUGAGGGUGGGGAUGAUGAUGAUGAUGAUGUUGAAGGUGAAGUCGACAGUGAAGGGGCCGCCGAUGUUGUAGCAGACACCAAAGAGGAUGGCGAUGUUGUAGCAGGCGCCGAAGAGGAUGGCGAUGUUGUAGCAAAUGCCGAAGGGGAUGGCGAUGUUGUAGCAGAGGCCAAAGGGGUUGGUGAUGUUGUAGCAGACGCCGAAGGAGACAGUGAUGGGGAUGUUGAAGGCGAAGCUGGGGCCCCCCAAGAAGAAGAUGAGGGUCGGGAUUCAGGUGGUUACUACGAAGAUGAAGAGGCAGAAGGCGAGCCUUUUGAAAGCCAGCCGACUUCAGACUCCUGUCAGCAUGCCUGACUUCACAGCAGAUGUCGAGUUACACAAAUCUGACGCGGUGCCUGAGGAAGAAGCCAAGCCUGUGGCCGAGCCAGAGGAGAAAGUGGAGAACA